AUUUACGCUGCUGUUACAUUGUUCCAAUAAGGGCGUGGUUCAUGGGCGAGUCUACGGUUUCAAGCUCCGCCUUCAGUGAUAUACCGGGCUCAUUCAUAUCGGACUCAUUCAUAUCGGACACACUACACGAGUCAAACAGACGGACGCUGUGUCUAUUUGUGUUGAGGUGUUUUAAAUCCCGUUUACAACUGAUUUCUGACUGGGACGCUAAUAGGAAUUCCCUGGUUUAUUUGGUGUGUGUUCCCGUUAGGAGAAGAAAGAGAGCGAAGGAAACGUCUCUCAUCUUGACCUCUGCUCGCGAAUGGAAAGCAUCAGGAAAUACAUGUUCGUCCUCCGCUCCACUGUGGGACCUGGAAUCUAAGAUCAGAAUAGUUUCUUGGAGGAUCAUUCAUUGUAAAUGGAUUCCUUCUUUGUAGAGGGGGCCCGUGUCUGGCUGCGGGACAAAGAGCUGCUCCUCCCUGCUACUGUCAGCUCCUGUUCCCACGAAGACGGAUACCUGGUCCUUACAACCGACUACGGAAAGGUGAUGUACCUGCAGCAGGGGGAGCUGAGCAGAGACAAGGUGUUUCCUAUGCACCCCACCAGUAUUAAUGGAGUAGAGGACAUGUCUACUCUGGCAGAACUACAUGAAGCUGCCAUCAUGUACAACCUUUACCUGCGCUACCAGAAGGACUGCAUCUAUACCAACAUAGGCUCUAUCCUAGCAGCGGUGAACCCCUACAAGCAGAUCCCAGGUCUGUAUGACCCAGCAGCAGUAGACCUGUAUAGUAGACACCACCUGGGAGAGCUGCCCCCUCAUAUCUUCGCUGUGGCCAACGAGUGUUAUCGCUGUCUCUGGAAGAGACACGACAGCCAGUGUGUUCUCAUCAGUGGAGAGUCAGGAGCAGGGAAGACAGAGAGUACCAAGCUGCUGCUCCAGUUCCUGUCUGUGAUGUCACAGAACUCAGCCGGGACAGCCCCCACUGAGAGGAGCACCCGUGUGGAGCAGGCCAUUAUCCAGAGCAGCCCCAUCAUGGAGGCGUUUGGGAAUGCCAAGACGGUGUACAACAACAACUCUUCCCGCUUUGGGAAGUUUAUCCAGCUCCACUUCUCCCAGAGUGGCAACAUCCAGGGAGGCUGUAUCAUUGACUAUUUACUUGAAAAGAACCGUGUGGUGAGACAGAACCCUGGAGAGAGGAACUAUCAUAUCUUCUAUGCUCUGCUGGCCGGAGCCGACAAGAACCACAAAGAGCUGUACUUCCUGUCAGAGGGCCCAGAGUCAUACCACUACCUGAGUCAGUCUGGCUGUGUGAAGGACAGGAGUCUAGAUGACCUGAAGCUAUAUGACAGUUUUAUGGAGGCUCUAAAGGUGAUGCAGUUCAGUGAGGAGGAGAUACGUGACGUCUUCAAGCUGCUGUCUGCUGUUCUCCUGAUGGGGAACAUAGAGUUCAUGACGGCUGGAGGAGCACAGAUCACAUCCAAAGGAGUGGUCAGUAAUGUCAGUGAUCUGCUGGGCCUGGACUCGUUCCAGCUGUCUGAGGUUCUGACCCAGAGGUCCAUGAUCCUGAGAGGAGAGGAGAUCUGUUCACCCCUCACUGUGGAACAGGCGGUGUGCUCUCGGGACUCGGUUGCCAUGGCGUUGUACGCCCAGUCUUUCUCCUGGCUCAUCACACGGAUCAACCAGAAGGUCAGAGGGAAGGACAACUUCAAGUCCAUCGGUAUCCUCGACAUCUUCGGCUUCGAGAAUUUUGAGGUGAACAGGUUUGAACAGUUCAACAUCAACUACGCCAAUGAGAAGCUCCAGGAAUACUUCAACAAACACAUCUUCUCCUUGGAACAGCUGGACUACAACAGAGAGGGGAUCCAGUGGGAAGCCAUAGACUGGAUGGAUAAUGCAGAGUGUCUGGACCUCAUAGAGAAGAAACUGGGCAUGUUGGCUCUGAUCAACGAGGAGAGUCGCUUCCCAAAAGGCACCGACUACACCCUGCUAGAGAAACUACACAGUAGACAUGCUACUAACCAGUUCUACAUGAAGCCCAGAGUGACAGAUCACCAGUUUGGCAUCAAGCACUAUGCUGGAGAGGUUCUGUAUGACGUCAGAGGGGUCCUACAGAAGAACCGAGACACCUUCAGAGAUGACAUCUUAAACAUGCUCAAGGACAGCAGGCUUGACUUCAUCUAUGACCUGUUUGAGCGUGUCGGGAGCAGGAACGGAGAGGAGACCCUGAAGAUGGGGACGGCCAGACGCAAACCCACCGUCAGCUCUCAGUUCAGGGACUCUCUCCAUUCCUUGAUGAACACUCUGAGUGCCUCCAACCCUUUCUUUGUGCGCUGCAUCAAACCCAACAUGAACAAGAACGCCAACAUGUUUGACCCAGAAGUGGUCCUGAACCAGCUGAGGUAUUCUGGGAUGUUGGAGACCGUGAAGAUCCGCAGGGCUGGUUUCCCUGUCCGCAGGACUUUUAAUGACUUCAACAGCAGGUACAAGAUGAUCCUGAAAGACAAGCAUCCAACAGACGACCAGAGAGGGAGAUGCACAGAGCUGCUGAUGUCAUACGACCCCGCCAAGAUAGACUGGCAGCUGGGGAAGACCAAGGUGUUCCUGAAGGAAGAGCUGGAACACCGGCUGGAGAAGGGGAGGGAAGAGGUGCGGAGACAGGCGGGCAUGGUGAUCCGGGCACACAUACUCAGCUAUGUGGCAAGGAAGAGCUAUAAGAGGGUGCUGGUCAGCACCGUCACUAUCCAGAAGAACUACAGAGCUCACUUCUGGAGACGUGUGUUCCUUCGUCUCCGUACCGCAGCUGUCAUUCUACAGAAACACCAGCGUGGUCGUCUGGCCCGAGGCCUCUAUCGACAUCUCUCUGAGGAGAAGAAGAGGAUAGAGGAGGAGAGACGGCAAGUAGAGGGGGAGAGGAGGAGGCUGGAGGAAGAGGAGUUGAGGAAGGAGGAGGAGAGACGGCAAGUAGAGGUGGAGAGGCUGGAGGAAGAGAAGAGACGAGAGGAGGAGUUGAGGAGGAGGAAGGAGGAGGAGAGACGGAGGGUGUUGGAGCUGGAGGAGGAGUCCUGUCAGAUGGAGGAGAUCCUUCGGCUGGAGAAGGAGAUUGAGAGGCUGCAGCGCCAGAGGGAGGAUGGGGUGUCCAUGUUAGGGGACGGCCUGGGAGGGAGCAGGGAGGAGCUCCGGCAGAGGAGGGACGCAGAGAUCUACCGGCUGGAGAAGGAGGCAUCUCGCGUGGCCACAGAGUUCCUGGAGCUCCUGGACUUUGGGGGUCUGGAACAGAGUCUGUCCAGCGAGGAGAACCUCCACGACCCCUCAGAGAGCACCGCUCCCCUGGCCCGGGCCGAGGAGGACGAGGGCUUCCAUGCUGAGGAGGAGUGUCCCGGUAGCGGUAUCCUCCUGCCUGCCUUCCCUCUCCCCGUGGAGGUUCCUCUGGACCAGGAGGUCUUCUCCCUCCCUCCUUCUCCUCCUGCCUUCGCUGAGAGUCUGGUAGCACAUGCCCUGGCUCUCUCUCAGGCCCCGUGUUGUCCCCCUGUUUACUACCCCCUCACCUCUAUUGUCCCUACACACCACCCGGCUCCUCCUCUCCCUGGCCUCACCAACGGAGGUGGGAAGGCUCUCUGUCACCAACCCACCAGGAGAAUAGAGGUGGCUCCAGAGACCAACAGUGUGCCCAGAAGAGUGGACGUAGUACCCGACAGACCCUGUGCCAGGGUAGAUGUUAUGCCAACUAGAAAAGACGCGGUACCCUCCAGAUUCCCAGAGGCUGUGGCAGACAGGAGAGCAGAGCUAGUGCCCACUGUGCCUGUCCCAGGGGCCAGGGAGGUCAGAGAGGAGGUGUCAUUCAGCGUCCUACCAGACACAGAGUCAUACUGUGACCAGGAGGAGUUUGAGGAGGUGCAGGGGAGUACAGGCUCUGGAGACGUAGCCAGUAUCACGGACGGACAUGCAACUGAUGAGGUGCUGAGGAAAUCAUCCUGUACUCAGAACAGCCUGGACUCCUUCAGAGGCAGCUCAGACUCUUUUAUAGACAGUGACACAAGCAACGAUGGCUAUGUGGAUACAGACGAGGAGGUGUCCAAUGGGAGGGUGAAUCUACUGAAUGGCUCUGGGCCUCCAUACUUCCACAGCUACCUCUUCAUGAAGGGUGGACUGAUGAUCCCGUGGCGACGGAGGUGGUGUGUGUUGAAGGACGAAACCUUCAUGUGGUUCAGGGCGAAGCAGGACAGUCUGAAGAGUGGCUGGCUGUAUAAGAAGGGAGGUGGCAUGUCUACUCUGUCCAGACGGAACUGGAAGCUGCGCUGGUUCGUACUGAGAGACGAUAAACUCAUGUACUUUGAGAGCGACAGCGAGGAGAAACUGAAGGGGACCGUGGACAUCCGCUCCGCCAUGGACAUAGUUGAUAACCAUGCCAAAGAGAAUGCUUUGAACAUCGUGACUGAAGAGAGAACCUACCACAUUUAUGCAGAGACUCCUGAAGAUGCCAGUGGCUGGUUCAACGUGCUGAGUCGUGUCCACAGUGCCAGUCCAGACCAGCUGAUGGAGAUGAACCAUGAGCAGGCCGACCCCAAGAACGCUGUGGGAACUGUGGAUGUUGGACUGAUCGACUCUGUGUGCGCCUCAGACAACCCUGACAGACCCAACUCGUUUGUCAUCAUCACUGCUAACCGUGUGAUCCACUGCAACACUGAGAUGCCUGAAGAGAUGCACCACUGGAUCGGCCUGCUGCAGAAACCUAAAGGAGACGCCAGGAUAGACGGGCAGGAGUUCUUCGUCAGAGGUUGGCUUCACAAGGAGAUAAGGGCUAAGAGCACUAGUCUGAAGCUGAAGAAGAGAUGGUUUGUAUUGACCUCUAACUCUCUGGACUACUACAAGUCUUCAGAGCGCAGUGUGUCCAAGCUGGGGACUCUGGUCCUCAACAGUCUCUGCUCUGUGGUCCAGCCAGACGAGAGGGUCUUCAAGGACACCGGUUACUGGAGUAUUAUCGUCCACGGACGUAAACACUCAUACCACCUCUACACCAAACUACUGAACGAGGCUAUGCGCUGGGCAUCGGCCAUACAGGGGGCUGUCGACAGCAAGGUUCCCAUAGAGACACCCACACAGCAACUCAUCAGGGACAUCAAGGAGAGCAGUCUGAACGUGGAAGCUGUGGAGCAGACGUACUGGAGGAACCCUAUCCUCAGAUAUACCCAGCACCCCCUCCACUCCCCCCUGCUUCCUCUGCCUUAUGGGGAGGUCAACAUCCACCUCCAUAAGGAGAAGGGCUAUGCCAGCCUGCAGGACGAGGCAGUGAAGAUCUUCAACUCUCUGCAGGAGAUGGAGUCUGUGUCUGACCCCGUGCCGAUCAUCCAGGGCAUCCUCCAGACCUGCCACGACCUACGCCUGCUCAGAGACGAGGUCUACUGUCAGCUCAUCAAGCAGACCAAUCACGUGCCUCACCCCAACAGCUCGGCCAAUCGCGCCCACUGGCACCUCCUCACCUGUAUGAGCUGUACCUUCCUGCCCAGCCGGGGCAUCCUGCGCUACCUCAAGUUCCACCUUAAAGGGGUGAAGGAGCAGUUUCCUGGAACAGAGGUGGACAUGUUUGCCCAUUUCAUAGGUGAGUCUCUGAAGAAGACCAAGGUCAGGGACUAUGUACCGUCUCAGGAGGAGAUCGUAGCCUUACUGACCAGGCAGGAAAUGACUACUACGGUCUACUGCCACGGAGGAGGAUCCUGCAAGAUCUCCAUCAACUCACACACCACCGCUGGAGAGGUGGUGGAGAAGUUGAUCCGAGGCCUGGCCAUGGAGGACAGUAGAAACAUGUUUUCCCUGUUUCAACACAACAACACUACGGACCGGGCUGUGGAGAGCAGAGUCAUCGUGGCUGACGUACUCGCCAAGUUUGAGAGGCUGUCAGGCAGUGAGGAAGUAGAGGAGGAGGGACAGUGGAAGCUCUACUUCAAACUCUACUGUUUCCUGGAUGUAGAGAGCAUGCCCAAGGAAGGGGUGGAGUUCGCUUUCAUGUUCGAACAGGCUCAUGAGUCUCUGACCAGCGGUCACCUCCCGGCCCCAGAAGACACCCUGCAGCACCUGGCCGCUCUCAGGCUCCAGUUCCUCCACGGGGACGAGGCCCGGGGCAGCUGGUCUCUGGACACCGUCUACCCUGUAGGGAGGCUCCGCGCACGCAUCCUGCACUUCACCAAGGUGGGCGCGGCGGGGCCUGUGGGCCAAACCCUUGAGCGGAGGCGGACCAGCUUCCUGGACGGGACACUGCGCCGCACCGGGCUGAAGACGGGCUCCAUGAAGAAACAGAAGAUGGAGGAGGAACAGAUGCUGGAGAUGUGGGUGAAGGAGGAGACUUCAGCCACCAGGACCUCCAUCGUAGAGAAGUGGUCCAGACUUCAGGGACUGGACCAGCACACUGCCAUGCUCAAAUACAUGAACAUCAUCAAGGAGUGGCCCGGAUAUGGGUCCACACUGUUCGACGUAGAGUGUAAAGAAGGAGGCUUUCCUCAUGACCUGUGGCUGAGUGUGAGUGCAGAGAACGUGUCGGUCUACAAGAGAGGAGAACCCAAACCUCUGGAGACGUUCCCCUACGAACACAUCAUCUUCUUCGGAUCUCCCCAGGCCACUACCUAUAAGAUCACAGUGGACGACAGAGAUAUGUUCUUUGAGACACCUCUGGUUGGAGAGAUCACUAAGAUCAUGAAAGCCUACAUCAACAUGAUAGUAAAGAAGAGAUGCAGUGUCAGAUCUGGGCCCAGCUACGGAACCAACUGGAUCAGGUGAUUAGGGACAGGACACAGCCCAGUUGGCUUCCUACCGCCCCUGACCAGAAGGCUACAAGGCAGCAGGGUCCAUGAAGACAGGACUGUUCUCCUCAACUCAGAUGUCUGAAUAACUGAAAGCAGGCUGCUAUUCAGCUACUCCAGAACUCGUCCAACUCCGGUGUCCCAACUCCCGGUGUCCCUCAGUGUGGUACGCCAAGCCAACGUUCUAGAACAUUCUAGAAUGUGUAGAGCUAAAAGGCGGAACUACGUUCCUCAACCGUUUCCUAUUGCUAUUCUAUAGCUGUCGACAGAGUGGAUACCACGUUACCUUCUGCUAUUAUUUACAUCAAUUUAUCAAUAGUAUGGACCAAUCAGGAUGUCACAUCAAAUUUCCUUUUGUAUCAAGUUCUACCAUUUUCCAAUGGAUUGAGAGAGAAAUGUCUCACUGUCAAGC